UUCUUGGCACCUCCUACGGAGCUUGCUCGGAGUUCAAUGGGAGCCCAGGCAUUGUCACUUGUUAUUCUUCGCUCCCACUAUAUUUCCAAAUGGACGUUCUUGCCCUCACGUUCCUAAGAGCGAGGAGGCAAAGGCCGGGUCGGGUGGUGUGAUGUGGGGGGACCUCGAAGGCAGAAGUUUAUGGGCUGCCAUGAAGCACAUGUGUGAGGAGCUGACCUGAAGCCCGGCGGCAGCGAAGGGGAAUAGUGGGUGGGGACUGUGAUCUCCCCCCUCCCCGCUUCACAUGGUUGCCGCGAUUCCUUCCCUUCAGCACCUUAGAGCCGGCCCUUCCGUGGCAGGUGGCUCUUCGUGUGUGGCCGGCGGCGGUGGUGUGGGAUGAGCAAGGCCCCGAGGACGAAGCAAGGGGGCGGCGACUGGAGCGGACCAAGCCUCGGGCUUUCCCCGGGUAUCCCUUCCUGGCGGCGGCCGUCGUGUGGAGAGACGCCUCGACCCCUCCGCAACGCGUAGAGGCGGGAGGGAGGGAGGCGCCACGGAGGCCGGGCCGGAGCGGUGUAACGUUGGGACCCCUCCGCUGCCUCCCGCGGCUGGCGGCUGGCCGGUUGUUGUUGUUUUGGAGGCCCAGGCUGACGGGGACGGCUCCUCGAGGCAACGUUGGGCUGUUGUGACACUAGUAGAGGGAAGAAGAUGUGUUCCACCCCAGUUUCCUUGGAAAAUAGUUACGCAGUCCCAAGAUGCCCCCGGAAGAAGGGAAUGGAAUACAGGAUAUUUUGAACUCAGGAAUAUAGAAAAGCCAACAAAGUGGAGUCAAGUACAUGCAACAGCUUCAUGGGCUUGAAAGAUCACUUGGGACAUGACUUAGGCCACCUCUAUGAGGACAAUACAGACACUCAAAUAAGUGCAGUUGCACCUUGGCCAAUGGUAGAGAAACUAACAAUGGAUAAAAUUAACUCUAGAAAGGAGGAUGCAAACAAAGAACCUUCUGAAGAAAUUGGAAACUCCAGCUGUGAUUCUGAGGAGAGUACGAAUUCUGAUAAUGAAUCAGAACAACCAGCCACAGUUCAAACAGAAUCAAUUUUCAUACCUAAGACUCACAGACAACUGUGUAGGUCUCCUUGCCUAGAACCACAUAUACUAAAACGCAAUGAAAUCUUGCAAGAUUUUAAACUAGAGGAAGCUCAGAUAGAGUCUAAAGAAGUUAAGCCUCCUGAUGUGGUGAAAGAAUAUCAAACAAAACUAGAGUUUGCACUUAAAUUAGGUUACUCUGAAGAACAGGUUCAACUUGUCCUGAAUAAGCUUGGUACUGAUGCUUUAAUCAAUGAUAUACUGGGAGAGCUUGUCAAACUUGGAAAUAAAACUGAAGCAGAUCAGAGUGUGAAUAACAUAAAUGCUACUACAACCAUAAUGCGCGAAGCAUCUUCAGUUGAGUCUCAGAGAUCUGACUCCCCCGUUCAAGAGGAUAUGCCAGUGGAUGCUGAUAACCUGAGACCUAUAGUUAUUGAUGGCAGCAAUGUGGCAAUGAGCCAUGGAAACAAAGAAGUAUUUUCCUGUCGAGGAAUAAAACUGGCAGUGGACUGGUUUUUGGAAAGAGGACACAACGAUGUCACGGUGUUUGUGCCAGCAUGGAGAAAAGAACAGUCCCGACCGGAUGCUCUCAUUACAGAUCAAGAAAUCUUGCGCAAAUUAGAAAAAGAGAAAAUUCUGGUGUUCACCCCAUCCCGUCGUGUUCAGGGGAGAAGGGUGGUAUGCUAUGACGACAGGUUCAUAGUGAAGUUGGCUUUUGAGUCUGAUGGUAUAAUUGUGUCUAAUGAUAACUACAGGGACCUAGCUAAUGAAAAGCCAGAAUGGAAGAAGUUCAUUGAUGAACGACUGCUGAUGUAUUCAUUUGUCAAUGACAAGUUUAUGCCUCCUGACGAUCCUCUCGGCCGCCAUGGCCCAAGUCUGGAUAAUUUUCUACGGAAGAAACCUGUUGUGCCAGAACAUAAGAAGCAACCGUGUCCUUAUGGGAAGAAAUGCACUUACGGACACAAGUGCAAAUAUUACCAUCCGGAAAGAGGAAAUCAGCCUCAGAGGUCGGUAGCUGAUGAACUUCGUGCCAUGUCUAGGAAUACAGCUGCCAAAGCUGCUAGUGAAGGAGGACUGGUGAAAAGCAACAGUGUUCCUUGUAGCACUAAGAUGGAUAGCACUUCAGAUCUUAAGCGAGCUGCUCCAAAGAGGCAAUCAGAUCCUAGUAUAAGAACUCAAGUCUACCAAGACUUGGAGGAAAAGCUUCCCGCCAAAAACAAAUUGGAAACCAGGUCUGUACCUUCUUUAGUUAGUAUACCAAGUACUGUUGCUGCAAAACCCCAAAGUACUGCACCUUUAAGCAAUGGCCUUCCGUCUGGAACUCAUUUCCCACCUCAGGAUCAAAGACUACAAGGACCAUAUCCUCCAGUGAUGAUGGCUACCAAAAAUCAUGGAACGCCAAUGCCUUAUGAGCAGUAUCCCAAAUGUGAAUCUCCUGUGGAUGUAGGUUACUACUCUAUGCUGAAUGCGUAUUCAAACCUAAGUCUGUCUGGUCCACGAAGUCCUGACAGGCGAUUCUCUUUGGACACAGAUUACAGAAUUAGUUCUGUAGCCUCUGAUUGUAGUAGUGAAGGGAGCAUGAGCUGUGGCAGUAGUGAUUCGUACAUGGGCUACAAUGAUCGAUCCUAUGUAAAUUCUCCUGACCUCCAGUUGGAAGAGAAUUUAAAGUGCCAGCAUAUGCAUCCCCACAGCCACCUUAAUUCCCAGCCCUUCUUGCAAGGCUACCAUGAUACACUAACCCGAGUUCAAAGUUACAGUCAUGAAGAACCAAAGCAUCAUCACAAACCUCCACUUCCAUACAUGGCUGUACACCUUCAGCAUCCCAGUAUUGGCGCUCGUUCUAGUUGUCCUGGUGACUACCCUGCUUCUCAGAGUUCACAGUAUGCAAAGAGUGUACAUCCAGGGAGAACCCUUGUGUCUACACGAGUAGACAGUAUAUCAGACUCACGUUUGUAUGACAAUUCUCCACUCAGACAAAGAAAACCAUACUCUGGCCAAGAUGGACUCAGCAGUUGGGACAGGCCAGGCUAUGGAAUGGAUGCAUAUGGCUAUCAUCAGACUUACUCCUUACCCAAUAACCCUACACAGCCCUGUUAUGAACAGUUUGCCUUCCAAAGCUUGCCUGAGCAGCAAGAUCAGCCUUGGCGGAUACCUUACUGUGGAAUGCCUCAAGAACCCCCAAGGUACCAGGACAGUCGGGAGAAAGUCUAUGUAAACCUGUGCAACAUUUUCCCUCCUGAUCUUGUGAGAAUUGUUAUGAAAAGGAAUCCACACAUGAUAGAUGCUCAGCAGCUCGCUGCAGCCAUUUUAGUGGAAAAAUCUCAGCUAGGGUUUUGAUGAAAGGAUGAUGACUGUGGUGGUGAUGAUGCAUCUUUGUGGUGUCUGUUAGUUCCGUUUCAGCUGUAAUGCUGAGGGAGGUUUGCUACAAUAGCAUUUGUGAUCUCCUUCUCAGCAAGGAGGUUAUAUAGUAAUCCAUUUAUGUGAAAUACUGUGCCAUGGAAUCUAUAUGUUACAACCCCAUGCAUUAGAAGCAGCAGGCUUGCUAUAAAGGUUCGUGUAAUUUUUUUAAAAAAAGAAAAUUAUAACUAGAAGUUCUUUCCAGUAUAAUGUAUCUGUGAAUUCCGAAUAAGACUCUUUGGUGCAUUGAGGGUUUUAUAUGCAGCACUUUUAAAUAUUAUUACAUGUUUGUUAAUUUAUUGGGUAUUUUGUUUUUCAAGUGCAAAAUGUUUUUUAAGCAGCAAAGUGAAGUGAAUUUUGUGCACCAAACAUUUUUAAGCCAAGCUUAUUAAGAAUUGUUUUGUUUUCUUUGAAGUUAAGUUAUUUAAUUUAAUUGUGUGAUUUUUUUUUACUAUAAUCAUUUUAUUUAUAGAAAACAAAGGUCUCCUGCAGCACUGAUUUUAUUUUUUAAGCAAUGUGUGAGUUACCAGUUUUAACAGAGAAAUGAGUAACAAUAUAUUAAUACCUUAAAGUAUGGCACUUUUUGAUUUGUUUGGUUUUGAUUUUAAUUGAAAUUAUUUGUUGAUUACUACUGAUUAUGGUGCAAGCAAAAGCAAUCAGUGGAAGAGAAAACUGCUAUUAUUAAUUUAUUACAUAGAAGGCAAAAGCCUUAUGUAUAAGAUUUGGAGAUAAGCUUAUACAACUCAUAACCAUCUGAAAUUAAGCUGCCAGUAUAUCAGUUUAGGUAACAGCCUUAUCCAGCUGAUGUAUACUUCCAUUCCUCAGAAAUGGCAAUGACAUUGAGAUUUAUUUUAAGAAUGUCUCUUGUGCAGGUAUACUGGACAAAAUGGUUUUGGUUGUGUGUGGGUUGUUUUUUUAUAUAUAUAUAAAAUUACUUGUUUUAAAAGGAAACUAUUUGUUCUCAAUGCAACUUUUGUAUAUAAGUGACUGUCUAUUUUUCAUGCUAUUUAUCAAGGCUGGCCUGAAAGGUUUAAUGUUUUGUGUUGGAGGAUAUGCAACAUUUAUUAACUGCACUGUAGUUAUAGUAUUAUAGUCAAGAACAGUCCAUUCUUUCUGCAAAAUGUCGGCCAGGGUCCAGUCAUGGUGCUAUCCUGACAAGAGCUGUUUCAUCAUCAGAACUGAGAUUUUAGCAGUUCCUCUUCCCAUGGAUCCUCAAAAUCUGCUCCAGAAAUAUGGGAAACUCUCCAGAGCAAAUUUGUGAGGUUUGUGAAAACUGUGAGGAGGCGCAUCAGCUGAAGUACAUGAACACAACUUUGGAGCCUGGCCUGUGUAGGUGUUCUUAAAUUUGUCUGUCUGGCCUGUUGACUUACACAGGCCUGAUUCUUGCCAGAAACAGCACCACCGUAGAAAUGAACAGGAUUGUCUCUUUGAGUAUUAGUAAGGGAUAUUUCUGGUUUUAAAUUGUGUGUUCUGCCAUUUCAUUGAAAAUGUAAUUUUAUGUAGAUAGACUAGUAAUAAAUCUUGACUUUAUAGACAUUGUAGUCAGCUGCUUAUAGACCAGGAUUCCCUGCAAAGCAGAACACUGUGACGAUUUCCUAGUUUACAGUAUUGUUGCUGAUAACUGUGUGUGCAGCUACAGCAUGAUAACCCUGUAGAACCAGAAAGUACCUUUUACUGUUGAUACAAAUUGUAUCUUUAACUAUGAAAACUAUUUUGAUUUAUACAUGUGACUUUAAAAACGCACACACAGUUGUGUAAAGAUAGUUUUAGACUUUUGGGCAACAUUUUAUCUCUAUUUUUUUAAAAAAAUGUAGAUUUUUGAAACCAACACCUGUGUACAGGCAAACUGUUGGGCCAAAAUCCAUUUGAAGCAUAACAGUGUGUGUAACGGCAAUCAUGCAAACAAUUUCCUUCUUUCUUGGGCUUCCAGUUAUAGGUUCUAUUGUGUAACUGUAGGAGGACUUGUGUGUGACAGACAGCCAGGGAAGCUGUUUGCAUUACUUGUGCAGUUGCCUUCAUGCAGUCAUGUAAGUAAAUGGGAUUUUGACCACAGAUUCUUACAUUAUACACGUUUCCCCACUAUUUAGAUUUUUCCCCUUUUCCUCUAGAAAUAUUUCAAUAAAUCUUGUAAAAUGCUGCCUGAAAAGAAUGUCCAAGCACCUUUUGAAUAAGAAAACAUUUUUCACUACUUGUACAACACCAUGUGUUGCAAGAAGUAGGAUUUUGGUAUACAGUAAAUGCUCCUUCAAAGCAUUGUGCUUAUAGAUAUAUCCAAUAAUCUGAACCAUGUUCAGCAACUUUAAUUCAAUAUCACUCUUCUUGUUGACUAAUGAAAAAGGAACUCUUUUCUCUUAACCCAGCCUUUCCUGACCUGGUGCUUUCCAAACAUGGCAGAGCAUGAGUGAGCUUAUGGGGGCUGUAGUCCAACAUAUCUGGAUGAUACCAGAUUGAGGAAAUCUGAGUUAGAUUUUUAUGCCCUCCUGAAGUUGUCAUGUUCUGUUCUGUCCAUAAAGGAAAAUAUAUUUCCCUGUCCAUUUCUUUCCUUCUUCUCUUCAGCUCAUUGUUUUCUUUCUGUACAAAAGAACCUGAGUAUUUCUUUGCAAACUCCCUUCCCCAUUAAAAUGAAUGAGACUCGCACAAAAAUAUGUUUGUUGCAAUGAGCUUCUGAUCAUUUAUGGUGAACAUUUUCCACAAGCAAUUGUUUAUGGCUUGUUGUGUGUUGGUUGUGGUUUAUGCUGUUAACUUUGAACUUUUAUGAUUCCUAAGUCCAUUAUUCAUGUCCUUUUCUAAGGUUUAAUAGGGGAUCCUGUCACUGUGAGUGCAAAACACAGAAUCAUACAUUUUACAGAACAAAAUUGUUUCCUAUGUAGAUUCUCUGUUAGCUUGCAGUCUGAGACGUGAUCACACCCUGUAGACUCUGAAAAGGGAUUUGAUUGUGCACUGUGUGCUACAAUGAAGUAAAUUUCUCCCUUAUGGUGGAACUAAUUUAAAUAAUACCAUACACAGAUCUGCAGAAAUACAGAGCCCAAAGCUUUUUUUCAGUGUCGUCCUUGAUUGCUGACACUCUGUAAAAAUCUGAUGUUAGAAGAACAACAACCCAGAGCUACACGGUAUCACAGGAGCUGUUUGCUGCUUCUUGACUUUAUCAGACACUCCAGGUCUGCCCUCAGUUUUCCCUUUUCCACAGAAGAAAUAGCUGAUCUGGUCGAUCCACAACUCUUCCAUUACAUGACCUAAGUAGAUCUGUUUUUAGUUCCUCUCUUUUUGUCAUUAUGUUCCAAAUGACAGUUCAAGUGCAACUUCUAGAGCAAGGUUGACGUGCCUGAGAACAUCUAGAUGUCAUCAGAACUGCGUCUUCCUUGAGUGCCCACUCCUGUUCUCAGAUUAAACUUUUUUAGUUUUACAGAAGUGGUAUGCAACUAUGAACCAGUAUUGCUAAGGAGACACCAGAUAAUGUAUGUCCAUUUUUUAAUGCUCACAUAGGAUGAGAUCCAAACAUACAUGUUAUGUAACUGGAAGGCACUCCCAACUCAUAUAGUGGAAGGUUGGUUUUUCCCCUGUUAGAGGCCAGUUGUACCCUAUGGAGUGCUGUUCUGACCAUACAUAGGGUCUUUCCAAACGUCUGGAGCCCUCCUGUAGAAACGGUAAAGUUAAAACAUGCUAUAUUAAUUCAGGGGUCACCGUUUCCUCUAAUUAUAACAUAUGGAUGUAGCACUGAAAAUAGACCACAUUUUUGUGCCUCUUUUUGUUUAAAAGCACUUAACAGAAAAUAUAAUUUGUGAACGGGAAAAAUGUAUUAUUUUAUAAUAUGGUUGAAACUGUAUUUAAUUACACAGCAUUCUACAUAUAUAUUAGACAACUACCUGUCACCCUUUUUUGUUUCGUUUUUAGAUAUAGCUCCAAUGACUUGAUAAAGCUUUUAAAUAAUUAAUGCACAUUUCACAUCUUGAAUCAUCUAAUCAGAUUUUUUAAAAAACCUUUGAAGGUAUGAGGGAUAAAUCUACCUAUUACAGCUUUAAAGAAACUGUAACAGCUAACUUUGCCACAGCCACAUUCUUCAAUCUUGUAGUAAUUAGUAAUAUUCCCGUCCUGCUAAAUCUAGUUAUAUCAAGAAAGAGCAUGUAGUCAUAACUUUUCUGCUUUGUCUCAUUCUAAUAAUACUGGAAUUACAUUGCAAAUCUACUGAUAACUGCAGAAAAUGGAUCAUGAUGUUGAUCACUUUUCUGCAUGAGUUAGCCCUUUGUACAAGAUUUUCUGUUUUUCUUCCUACAGGAAUAUCUAGUGUCCGUACUAUGGUAUUUUCCUCCCAUUCUAAAAUACAACUGUCACAAGUUACUUAUUCCUACAUAAAAGCCUUCACCAUCCUCCUCCCCUCCGAUAGUAAUUAGCUACUCAGAUCUAAAACUGGAAAAGAGGAAUGUCUCAACUCAGUCUGGAAGAUACAGUUUAAAAUGGAGAUGUGAGUGGAAGUUAGGAGGACUCAAAAGAGAAAGUGUAUAGUCAGAAAAAUAAAGAUGACAUUAAAUGCAUUGAACUGCAAAAGUGAAAAACUUCUCUAUUCUGUCAUAGAAGGGUAUUUAUAAUGUGUAAGAGCAUAAAAUAUUAUUCCACAAGAAGUAAAGGUUUGCCACGGAGGCCAGAGUUCUACUAAACACAGUCAUGCAUCUUUUCAUCCUGUCCAAUGAUAGAAUCAAAUAUGCCUAUUCUUGUAGUCUUUUCUUUAUUUCUUCUGGAUUUUCAUUUUAUUCAGAUAUGUAAAGAACCCAGUCCAGGUUUAGUCACAAUUAGAAGUCUUUUAAUGUCUACUGUAUACUGUUCCUGAAAAUGGAUGUGGUCAUGAAAAGGUAUUUUGACUUUCUUUACUGAAGUUAAAUUGUUAGGCAUCCCUGUUUUGGGGU